CAAGACAAAUAUACAAAAUAUAGACUAAAUAGAUCUUUAUAAUGCCGGAAUGGGUAGAAAUGGGAUGUCAAUUUUCGGCUCUAACUUACAAGAACAUCUGCCUCUAUAAAAGCUCACUUUGGAUUACUAUACUAGAACUGACUCUCACCAUUUUGGUUGCCGUUUUCUUCAUCAAAUUCGGCCAUGACACAACCACAGUCAAGCACUUUCCACAGACCAACAUAAACCUUGAGAUCAAGCCCCACUUUACCUACAUGCCCGAUACAGCUACACUUACAAAGAUGGUCAAUGUACGUUGGAAGAACCCAACCCAUUUCAAGGCCGUCUCCAGUCUGGCAGAGAAGCCAUUGGUCGUCUUCAGAGAUAUGAUUGAUAAGGAAGGUCUCCCACAUGACCUCAAGUUCCGUGUGGUUUUGUACGAGAAGGUGCCGACUCAAAAGGUCAUUGGCACUAGCUACAAUUACGCCAACAAAGGGUUAAUCUCCGCCCAACUUGUGGUCUCUGAGCUUUACUUGAACCACUGGAAGAAGGAACGUGCGAACCUGACAUACAACCCAAUUCUGCUUUUAAAAACACAAAUGAUGCCGCAAAUACAGGUCGAACGGGAUGUGAACAUCCAGAGAUUGACUCUGCUGUGUCCUUACCUCCCCGCCAUACUGUUGUUUUUCUGCGUGUUUACCACGGCGCUGAUUGUUGAGGAAAAAGUUUCCAAUAUUAAGAAAACGCUGAAGAUGCUGGGACUUCGACAGCCGGUGUACUGGGGCUCCUGGUUUGUGGCCAGGUUAUGUUUUGGGCUCAUCGUCGCUCUGAUCGUAGCUGUGUCGUGGAGCGCCAAGACAGCCAACGGGCCGCUGUUUCAAAUGUACUUCAUCUCCCUGUACGGGCUGAUGCUUCUCAUGGUGAUAAAUAGCCUGACGUUUUCUCUGACGCUGUCCAGCUUUUUAAACGACGGCUCGCUUGCUGGUCUUUACGCAUUAAUCGCGUUCACCGGAGCAAAUGCGAUCUCCAAAAUGAUAGAAAGUCGAGCCGGAAUAUGGACCAACCAUUUUGUUGGAACACUGCUGUUUUCUCACGGCAUCCGGAAGUGUUUCGACUCGAUGUGUGCGUCCGAAAUGCAGUGCGAAGAAGACCAGGAUAGCCUGCUGCAGGAGUUUUGUGAAGGGCUGGUGUACAUGUUGCUCAACACUGUGGUCAACGUGUUGCUGCUGUGUGUGGUGGAGCGGACUGGCUGUGGGGAAGGGAGAUCUCUCUUUCACAGAUGUUGGAACAAGAAACGUUUGGAGGAAGAUAAAGCCUCCAUACCCACGAUCACACAGAAAAAAGAUGAGUACUUCGAGCCAUUUCAAGAAAAUGCAGCUGCUGGUAUUGUCAUUCGUGAUUUGGUUAAGAUGUACGGUCAGACGAUGGUAGUUGCUGGCGUCAGUCUGGACAUAUACACUAACCAGAUCACAACGUUGCUUGGACAUGAUGGUGCCGGUAAAACGACGUUAAUUUCAAUGAUCUUAGGUCUGACCCCCAUAACUCGCGGUCAAGUGAUGAUAGACGGCAUGGAUGUUACCAGAAACCUGACAGCCAUUAGAAAAACCCUGGGCUUCUGUCCUCAGCACGAUUUGUUUUUUCCCAGACUCACAGUCUACGAGCAUAUGGUCUUCUACACUAAGAUGAGGCACGACAGCAUCACGAAAAAGGAAGCCUACCAACUGCUGACGGAGUUGAAUCUUGAGAAGAAGAUGAGCACCAACCCCUUGCUCUUAACGGAUGGCCAGAAAAGAAAAGUUUCCAUUGCAUGUGCUUUUGCUGGGAACACGAAGACCAUAUUCCUGGACGAGCCGUCAACUGGCCUUGACCCCAGCUCACGCAGACGACUCUGGCGCUGUCUGAUGACCUGGCGCUCUGGCCGGACCAUCUUGAUGACGACACACAGCAUGGACGAGGCCGACUACCUGAGUGACCGAGUCGCCAUCAUGGCCAACGGUGUGGUGGAGUGCUGCGGCACGCCCAUGUUCUUAAAGAAGACUUACGGCGUGGGCUAUAAGCUGACCUUAGUUAAGGCUGCCAAAUGCAAAGUAAAGAAAGUUGUUCAAUACAUCUUGAACGCUGAAGAGGCCGCCAUUUUUAAGUCUUCAACGAACACAGAGCUGGUAUUUCUCCUGCCCGAAUUUUGCGUCAGCGCUUUCCCAAAAUUUCUGCAAGACUUGGAGGAAGAUUUGCACUUGCUGAGGAUACAGUCCUAUGGUCUCUCUACCACAAGCAUAGAAGAUGUCUUCCUCAAAAUCUGGGAACUUGACCAGUCCAAGAUAGACUCCGAAGAUGUAGAUCCAGAUGAGACUGACCUGAAUGAUGCCGAGCUCAGCUUAUCGAGGGCCAACCUGGUCUCGAGAGGGGGCGUGGGAGAGGGGGGGCGCCUUGAUACCGACAUGGACAGGGGUGAGGGAGGCAAGUGA